UCCGAGGGAAGCCAUGAGGGCGGCCGCCGCCUACGUCCUGUUCUUUGCCCAUCUCAUACAGGCGACAACAGGUAGCGGAUACUUCGAGGUGCAGAUACUCUCGUUGACAAACAACAGAGGCACACUGGUUGACGGGCGGUGUUGCGGUGGAGGAAGCGACACUGGCGGUAGAAGCUUUCCACCGUGCUCUCAACCCUGCACAACGGCAUUCUGGCUGUGUUUGAAAGAAUAUCAGUCAAAUGUUACUGCCAUUGGCUCAUGCUCCUUUGGCAAUGUAUCUAGUCAUGCGCUUGGACAGAAUACAUUUACUCUUACCGAGCCUGUUACACUUCAGCUUCAUUUCACAUUCAGGUGGACGAGGCAGUUCACGCUGAUACUCCAGGCGAGAGACGAGGGGAGUAGGGGAGUCGUUGAGGAGACGAGCUACAGUGGUAUUGUUCUGCCUGGACCCACGUGGCACACCCUCAAUCAUCAGGGGAGAAAUGCACAUCUUGCUUAUCGGGUCAGGGUGCAGUGCGCCGAUCACUAUUAUAACGCAACGUGCACAAAAUUCUGCAGACCCAGGGACGAUAUUUUCGGACAUUAUACGUGCGAUGAGAACGGCGACAAAGUGUGUAUUCAGGGGUGGAGGGGCGCCGAUUGCGAAACUGCGGUCUGCAAGGAGGGUUGUCACCCGAUUCACGGUCACUGCAACGUCUCCGGCGAAUGUAAAUGCCGUCACGGCUGGAGGGGUGAGCUGUGCGACCAGUGCACCCCCUACCCCGGCUGCAAGCACGGCUACUGCAACGGCUCGAGUUGGCAGUGCAUCUGCGACACCAAUUGGGGCGGAAUUCUCUGCGACCAGGACCUCAACUACUGCGGUACCCACGAGCCGUGUCAAAAUGGCGGCACCUGCGAGAACACAGCGCCAGAUCAGUACCGCUGCACCUGCCCCGACGGCUUCUCCGGGCCGACCUGCGAGAAGGUCGACAAUCCCUGCGCCUCGAACCCCUGCCUGAACGGCGCCACAUGCCGAGAAAUCGGCGAGUCGGCCGAGUGCGACUGCGCGCCGGGCUUCUCGGGGCCAUUUUGCGCUACUGAUGUCGACGAGUGCGCCUCCCAGCCGUGUCAAAAUGGCGGCAUUUGCGUCGACGGCAAGAACGAAUUCACCUGCAAUUGCCCCUCGGCAUGGCAGGGAACUCUCUGCCAGUUCGAUGUGGAUGAGUGCGCGCUUGUGGAGUCACCGUGCAAGAACUCGAUAACCUGCGUCAAUCUCGCUGGAGACUAUGGCUGCCGCUGCCGCAGUGGCUUCACCGGCAAGAACUGCACGAAGAACAUAAACGACUGCGUGGGCCAGUGCCAGCACGGCGCCCUCUGCAUAGACCUGGUGAACGACUACCACUGCUCCUGCACGCCGGGCUACUCCGGCAAGGACUGCGACGUCGACAUAGACGAGUGUGCGUCGAAGCCCUGCCAGAACGGCGGCGACUGCCGCGACCUGGUGAACGCUUACGAGUGCGUCUGCCCAGUGGGUUACACCGGUUUCCAGUGCGAGAUAGACCGGGACCACUGCAGCCCGAACCCCUGCAGGAACUCGGCGCCCUGCUUCAACACCCAAACGGACUACUACUGCCACUGCCCCGAGCAGUGGCAGGGGAAAAACUGUUCGGAGCCUGCGCUGCACAACCCGCAGUAUCGUCUCGACGACGGUAACCUGGGAUGCGGCAGCGAGGGUACGCCCUGCGGAGGUCGUGGCACCUGUUCCGGGGGUAUCUGCAUCUGCGACCCGGGCUACACCGGCCAACACUGCCACGAGAACAUCAACGACUGCAGGGGCAGCCCCUGCCUGAACGGUGGCACCUGCGUUGAUUUGGUGAACAGUUUUCAGUGCAUCUGCAGGGAGGGCUGGACGGGCGACCUCUGCGACGAGGACGUCGACGAGUGCCUGGACUCCCCCUGCCGCAACAACGGCACCUGCGUCGACGCAAUCGCUGAUUUUACGUGCACCUGCCGCGGGGGCUGGAAGGGCAAGACCUGCACCCUGCGCGGCGGCCACUGCGAGCCCCUGACCUGCCGUCACGGUGGCACCUGCGAGGACCGCGGCGACGGUUUCACCUGCCACUGCCCCGCAGGCUGGGAGGGCGCCGCCUGUCACAUUGCCUCACCUGCGUGCGCCUCCUCCCCCUGCGAAAAUGGGGCCACCUGCGUGAACACUGCUGAUGGAAACUACAGGUGCAUCUGCAGGGAGGGCUUCGAGGGGCCCAACUGCCGGCGUGACGUCGACGACUGCAAGCCCCUGCCCUGCCUCAACGGCGGCCGCUGCGUCGACGGCGUCAACUGGUUCAGGUGCGAGUGCGCAGCUGGCUUCACCGGGCCCGACUGCCGGAUCAACGUCAACGAGUGCGCCAGUGAUCCCUGUCUGUUCGGGGCGACCUGCGUCGACGGAAUUGCCUCGUACUCCUGCGUGUGCCCAACCGGCAGAACUGGCAGCCACUGCGAAAUCGGAAAUCCCGGCAGCGCAGGGUGUCCUUCACCCCCCUGGGACGACGACUGCAAUGUCUGCGAGUGCCGGAACAACAAGAACCAGUGCAGCAAUGUCUGGUGCGGCCAGGGGAACUGUUUGAAUGGGACUUCGUGUCUGGCGCACGAGGUCUGCGUUCCGUCGCCAGGUGAGUCCUGCUUGUCGCCCCCCUGCGCUGCAUGGGGUGAGUGCAGGCCCAUUGAAAGUGGCAGGAGGGUCGGCCCACCGGCCCUGCCAGCGCCGCCCAGCUGCUGGCCAGGCCAGGCGGAGACAGGUCCCACCUGCGCAAGGCUCACCAUUCUGCUCAGGAGGGACACACUCUUGCCUGGGACCUCGGUGGAGUUCCUGUGCCGCAGCUUUCGCAGGCUUCUCGCCGAUCCACGGCGGCCGCAGUCUGUCGUUAUGCUGUGCGAUCUCAAGAGUGGGGACAAUGACACCAUCGAGGUGACGAUUUUCUCGGAAGCUGCUGGCGACGCUGCCAAGGAUCUGGGGGAGAGCCUCAGCAGGCCCCUGAGCAGACCCUUGGCCCUUGCCUCCGUUCUCGAGGUCAAGGUCGAGACCACGAGGCUCACUGGGGGCGGGGAGGGGGGCUCUGGGGCUGGUGGUGGGGGGUAUGGNUAUGUGGCGGCACUAGGGGGGGUCGUGACGACGGUGCUGCUGCUGGGGAUUCUUGGGGGGCUCUGGUACCUCAGGGGCAGGAGGAGGGCUGGCAUGAGUGCAGCCACCACCAGUGAGACUUCUCUGCACAGACACAGGAGUGAUCUCGAUGAGAAGUCGAAUAAUCUGCAGAAUGAGGAGAACCUCAGGAGGUAUGCCAAUCCUCUCAAGGAUCAGGACGCCGAGCCCAGGGUCAGCGUUGUCAGGCCACUCAGUGGGAUGAGCCUCGGGGGCAUUGGGGGCACUGAGGAGAGCUUGGAGAUGGUGUCCGAGGAGGGACGGCACAGGCUACCGCCGCUGUAUAAACCUACUAGUGCGGAGGCAAGGAAUAAUACCGCGAGUUUCAGCUAUGAGGAGAGCCUGCAUAAGCCGUACAGCAAGCCCAGGUUACAGGAACCCGGGUACUCGCAUCAGCAGCCAGGGACUAGCGCCGGGGUGGGACCCAGGCAGGUGCUCACUGUACAUGUGUAG